AUGAUUACAACGACGUCUCCUGUCAAUCUGUCAAAUGGCGUUGAAAUAUCAGACACAUCCUCAGAUUUACAUGAUACUAGACAUGUAGCAUAUAUCACGGCCAUGUUUUUCAUCCUCACGGCUGGUUUCCUUGGAAACUUACUUACAAUACUCGUCCUUUAUCAACCGUCACUGCGCAAAGAAACCUUGACCCCUCUCAUGUGUAACCUCGCCUUUGCCGAUCUUUUUCUGACCAUAUUUGGAUACCCCACGUCCGUCACCAUGCUCCUUGCUGGCAGAGACAUCGGGAGGGAUGAAGCAGGUUGUAAUUGGUACGGUUUUGCUAACGGGACUGUAGGAAUCGCAUCAAUUGUCACCUUCACCGAGAUGACUAUUGUACUGAGUUAUACCAUGCAUCAAAUGAAACCCAAAUACAGGUGCCCACGAAAAGUUACUUGCGGUCUCAUUGUAGCAUCAUGGUCUUAUGGUGUGAUAUGCAUGCUUCCUCCUUUUCUUGGUUUGGCUCAGUAUUCUCCUGGGGCUGCUGGCGUGAACUGCGGUCCUGAUUGGAUAGAUAUAUCCCCCUCUGGCAUGGCCUACAGUUUGCUACUGAUCGCUGCUGGAUUUUUUGCUCCUCUGUUAAUCAUUUCUGUUUUUUACUUCAAGAUCUUCAAGCUCCUCCGUAAAGAUAUCGUCCCUGGUAACAGACCCAUAAGAGUGCGGAGGAGAAAAUGGCAAAUCAAGUUACUUCGACUGACAGCAGUGGCUAUCACCGUCUUUAUACUGAGUUGGUCUCCGUACUGUUUGGUCAGCAUUGUUAGUAUCUUCAGAGGCGAUCAUUUGCUUUCACCCGGUGAAGCUGAAAUUCCAGAUAUUAUGGCAAAAGCGUCAGUGGUCUAUAACCCCUUUUUAUACACUGUCAUGAAUAGACGUUUCCGUUUGACCCUCUCGGCGGUCGUAUCGCGUAAGAGACACAGACAGCGACUUCCUGGCAAGAGCAAAGAAUCAAGCACUACUGCACACGAUCGCAAUACAGACAGUAAGAGUUCAAAAGUGGUCCAAAACGUAUACUAG